AUGGCGAGAUUAACUAGCCUAUUAAGUUAUUGUCAAGGGGGUCUACGCUCCUGUCAUUCCCAGCCGUCGAAAAUAGUUGUCGUGGAUUACACGGGAUUACAGUCAGAUGGACAAGGUGAUUUAUUGGAAUCUGCAGUGCUGGUCUAUAAGCACAACAAUUUCAUCAUGGACCCAAAUUGUAAAUCCUUCGAAUCCUUGAAAGAAGCCGGCAACCAAAUUUUCAGAGAAACAUUUCGAGACGAUUUGCUUUCACCUGCCGUGUACCAACAUCGGAUGUGCUCAGCUUUGCAGUACUACAACAAGGCCGCUACUUUGGCUCGCAACGCUCAAGAGAAAUCGUCUAUUUUGAAGAAUAUGGCCGCUACAAAGUUCCGCAUCGGGGAGCGGCUGUACACCCGAAAGUAUCAACAUCCGGUUCGCAACUUAUUCGCAAACUUAAAAUCGACUCUGCAACUAGAAAAAGAAUUGAAAUUUUAUUUGGAAGGAAGUCUGGAAAACUUUGUCGAGGCAGCCGAAAUUGGAGAACCAGUCCAAAACGAUGAUUGGUUUUCGAAGCUGCUCGAAAGUCAAAUCACAUACUGCAUAUAUGGUCGAUCUAGCUUUUUUCUCAAACUAGCCCGUUUGACAUUUGAAAAGGCCAUCGAACUUCAAGAAAAUGGAAGGUUCACCGAAUCCCUCCAGUUGCUGCACGACAACUACCUCAAUAUUGAAGAAGCUAAGAAAGAUAAAUACCAAACAAUCGAAGAGGCUAUCGAAUUAGAAGAGUCCAACUUCAUCAACUUGUCCAUUGGCGAGUCGACUUUGGCCAGGCAAAAAGGGGAUGACCUCUGGAGAGAAAUUACGAUGGAUCAAGAAAACAUCCAGAUGGAACUGGUGUGGGAUGCUGUCGACUGUUAUGUCCAAUCGAUCGUCUUGUCUAGGGACAAGUCGCUGGAAAGCGAAGCUAUGGCUCACAGUCAUCUUGGUCGACUUUACGAGUUGCUCAGGUUCAAUGAGAAAUCUCACGUCCACUACAAACUCACCGUGGAUCUGGUGGUCGCCAUGCAGCCCAAGAACUUUAACGACCACCCUUGGUACAAACAAGCACUGGCCGGAUUGCAUCAGUUCCAGCAGCAGCAGCGAUGGAAGGAAAAAGGAGAAAAGGAGCGGGUACGUGCUCCGAUAGUUGAGGAGUUGAAAGAUGUGCUGUACGAGAUGAAACGAGCGUCGGCAAGAUCAGCCGAGUCGCUGAUAGACUUCAUCUAUGCCAAUCAUCCACCCAAAAAUGGGCAACAGAAGUCAACUGAUGGUAACUUGAAGACCCAAUUGAAAAUGGCACUAUUACAUUAUCACCCCGACAAACAGAAUAUGGAAACUCACGGAUUGCAGUGGAUGGUCAUGGCCGAAGAGAUAACACUUUUGCUAACUUUUCAUUUUUCCGUGUUCAAAACCUAAAAAUGUAUCUCUUACAGUUACGCAACUUAUAAUUAAGAUGGGUCUAUCGGCAGAGGCGUCGUUUUAAUGCAUAUGUGGUCUGUUUGUGUGCCUUGUUACCUCGUAUAUGCCAAACCAGUUAAAUGUUCUAAAAAUAAAUUGUUAUCCAUUUGUUGUUCAACAGGCUCAUAUGAGUCUUGAAUAGUACGGAGCAUAUAAUUUUUUGAUUUCUUUAUUUCUCGAUUGAGGAUUUUUUGAAACGUUGUUCAUUCCCUACAUUUCCGAAAAGUGUCAAUACAGAAUUUGAUCUCCGUUACCUGA